CCACACUCCCACUUCCCCCCUUUUUUCUCUCUCUGAAUAUUUCCUUGGGCACCCCUUUUGCAAAUUUUCCCACCAUCUAUAAUUAAACCUUCAAGGAGCAGCAACUGCCCACACCGCUCUUCUUCGAUUUUUUUUAUAUAACAACCAAAUUUGAUUUUUUUUUUCAUAAUGGCGCAAGAGCUUGACGAUGGCGAGUUCUGGCUCCCCUCCGAGUUUCUAACAGACGAUGAUAUGCUCAUGGACUUCAAGACCGAGAAGAGAGGGAACGCGUUUUGCAACUCGGAUCUGAGCUCACCCGGCUCCGAGAGCGACGAAGACGAUUUCGCCCCCGGGUUAACUCGGAAGCUACCUCACACCCCCAAUUUCUCCACUGACCACGCUUCCAAGGGCUGGAAGCUGUCCGGGUCGCCGCAAUCGACUCUCUGCGGGUUCAAACCCGGGUCAAGCCAGAGCAGUCCGAAUAGCGCGUCGAGGGUUUCUUCGCCGCCGGUGCCGAAAGAGAACAUUGGUUGGGAUUUGCUGUGUGCGGCUGCAGGGGAAGUUCAGAGGAUGCGAAUGACCGACGAAACUACGCCGUUUCACUCCAACAAACCCUUCCCCGCCGCCGUCCCUGUCAAAACACCUCUGCCAUCUGCUUACUAUCCUAACCAGGCUCAAACCGAGGCUCAUAUCGCUUUUCUCCAGUUGCAAGCCUCUCAUUUUCAACGGAUGAAGCAGCAAAACAUGUUUAAAAAUGGCGUGUGGGCGCUGCAGCAGGGGAAAGUCGAAUACCAUCAAUUUCAGAACAAAAACGGAAAAAUCGACGGAGAAAUUGGGAGAAAUCAGCAACGUUUAUCAAUGGCGUCCUGGCCAACUCUGCAGCAGUCUCAGCAGCAGCAAACCGGUUCAGGAAUGAGGGCGGUUUUUCUCGGAGAAACCGGCGCUAAAAAGGAACGAACCGGAACCGGAGUUUUUUUGCCCCGGAGAUUCGGAACCACCCCCGCCGAAAACCGCAAUAAACCAGUUUGCUCUACGGUGUUGUUACCAGACAGGGUCAUUCACGCAUUAAACUUGAAUCUGGAUGGCGGUUUGAAGGAAAGAAACCACAAUGCUCUGUUUUCACAGCAGAGGAGAAGCCAGCCCGCCGCCCCCACGAGGAGUCAAGAGCUUAGGCUUCCACAAGAGUGGACAUAUUAAAGCUGCGUCUUUAAUUUUGAAGUGAUUUGAUUGAAUUUUUACAAGUUUGCUAGGAGAGAAAUGGGGGAAUAUGGGUAUACUAAAUUGUGGUUUUUUUGUGACGGUUGGAUUAGUGGGUAGUGUAAUAGGCUAGUUAAUUACUUAUGAUUAAAGGGAUUAGUAGAAGAUGUUGCGUAUUUAAUUUUAUUUUAGGUUAUAAAGCUACAGAAGGGGAGAAGAAAUAAACCGGAGGGUUCUUUUGUUGGGCUCGAGGUACAAGAAAGUUGAAGAUGACAGCUUCUUUUGGUUGUUGCUUUUGUUUGAGAUUAGAAGAUGGUGAUUAAUAAAGAAAUGGAUGUACCAAUAGGUUAAUUAAUUAAUUAAUUAUAGUAGUGAAUGCCUCUAAAAUUGUGGAGGGUGUUUUUUGAUCUGUGGAGUUGGAGUUUCGUUUUGGGUUAGACUCCGGCCUGUUUUAUUUUUUUUUGAAUAUUCUAUUGUAUUUUUGUGUUAAAUUAAUGAUAUGGUUUGUUUAUUAGUGAA